AUGCUGAACGCUCUGAGCUCGAUCACUGCUCUGCCGGGUUUCAGCAAGCUGGUAAACCAGUUCAUCGGCAGCGAAUCAUAUCCUUUCGGCCACCAUGCCGCGUCGAAUGCGGCACUCAACAUGAUGGUUCGGGUUGUAGCGCUCGAUCUCGAAGAGCAGGGCGUCAAUGUCCUGCUUGUUCAUCCGGGUACAGUCGCAACGGAGGUGUCGAGCGCCAAAGCGGGUCAAAAUGGUGCAAUCACCGUCGAUGAAUCUGUCGAGACGGUCCUGAAAGUCGUUGCAUCUGCUCAGAUCGGCAAAGGCCAAGAAAUUAUCCGCAGUCAAGAUGGCUCGGUGAUUCCCUGCACGCAGAGCCAGGUCAUGUCGACUUCCUACUUGAUCAUCGGCGCCAACCGGGGUAUCGGCUUCGGCUUUAUUCGCCAGCUCGCACUUCGGCCCAACACAACCGUCUAUGCCUCCUACCGCACGGCUGCCAAGUCUACAGAGCUCAUCGACUUCUCGAGGGCGCAUGAGAAUGUCGUCCUACUCUCGCUGGACAUGACCGAUGAAAAGUCAGUCAAGCAGGCAGCCAAUGAGCUCAAGAGGCAUACCGCGUCCAUCGACGUCGCUAUCUUCAAUGCUGGCGUUCAAAGCUACCUCGGUGACGUGCUCGAGACGCCUCCGUCAGUCUAUCUUCAGCAUUACGAGCAAAAUGUCGUCGGUCCGCUGAUCCUGACGCAAGCAUUCGUCCCUUUUUUGUUAGCAAGCCAGUCCGCUCGACGGGCGCUCGUCUAUCUGUCGACUGCUGCAGGCUCCAUCAGCAGUUUGCCAGCGAUCAACGGCACAGUGACCUCUAUGUACGAUGCCAAGUCGUACCCCGUCGGUCAUUAUGCGACGUCAAAGGCUGCCUUGAACACGCUGGGCCGCGUCGUCGCACUCGAGCUCGAGCGAAAGGGCGUCAGCGUUCUGCUUGUGCAUCCCGGCAUGGUCUCGACAGACCUGUCUGCCAUGCAGGUAGGGCAGAACGGCGCAGUCAGUGUCGAACACUCGGUCAGGACGAUGCUCCAAGUCAUCGAGUCUGCCCCACUUGGCAAAGGUCAGGAGGGUAUUCUCAAGCAAGACGGUUCGAUCAUUGCUUGGUAG